CACAUCCUCUCUCUCUCUCUCUCUUUCUCUCUCUCUCUCUCUCUCUCAUACGCUCAGAUUCCUCAGUGAACUGAACAGAUCUGCUUCUCAUUUUCAUACGAAAUUCAUACAUUAAAUGGACUACCUUCCCGAUGCCCUCCUCCAAUACACUCUUUCCGGCAUCACCAAUGCUAGAGAUAUUGCUAUGUGCAACUGCGUCUCCAAACGGUGGAAAGAGUCGACAGAGUACGUCAAGACGAUAUACUUUCCCCGAAAUUCUUUCGAUAACAUCUCUGGGAGUGAUGAAGAUCCCGACGCCAUUGUCUUGAAGAUGAUUUUGUCUUUUGCUCGUCUCGAGGGGCUCGUGGUCUAUAGCUCUUUCACCAGCAAAGGUCUUGAAUCUUGGUUGAAGCAUGUGGGUUUGUCCCUUAGGCAUCUCGAGCUGAGGAUGGAUAAUCUCGCAAGCUUCCAAGCCAUGGAGGGCCCCUCCAAGCUUGAUUGCAUCGGCGUGGCGAAGGGUUUGGAGAUUUUGAAGCUUUGGGGUGUUUUAAUGGUUAACCCUCCAAAGUGGGACAUGUUUCCGAGCCUUCAUUGCCUCGAAAUAGUAGGAGCGAGAGUGGAAGACGCAGCCUUAUCUAAUGCACUAGGAGCAUGCCCGAACUUGAGGAACUUGCUUCUGCUCGGUUGUGAAGGAGUUAAGUCCAUUUCGAUUGAAUUACCCUUCCUGGAACAGUGUAAGCUUGAUUUCUACGGAUCGGGUAGCAGUUCCCUCUCUCUCACGUGCCCGAGACUCGAGUCCCUUGAGGUUCAAGGCUGUAGCUGGAUCAGGGUCCCCGAAACAAGGUCCUUAAAGAACCUCUCGAUUUCCAAUUCUGCCGGAAGAGUUUACAUGGUAGAUUUCGGGAACCUCUCAGCUCUUGAAGUCUUGUCAAUUCGAGGAGUGCAAUGGUGUUGGGAUGCGAUAUGCAAAAUGCUUGAGCAGGCAAGAGAAGUGAAGCAUCUCUACAUGAAGGUCGAAUUCACGGGUGACUACGAGGCCUUCCAGCCGUUUCCCGAGGUGGAUUUCGUCGAGUUCUUCAACAGCCAUCCCAAUUUGCGGAAGUUCGACAUCCACGGAGCGAUGUUCGCCGCACUUUGCCAGAAAAACAGCCUGAAAACCCUCGAGGCGGGGUUCGCGAUACCGUGUCUGGAGGAAGUCGUUAUAACGGUGAGGUCGCCGCUGAACGCGGAGCAGAAGAUGAAUACGCUGGAAUGGCUGGUGAGAUACGGGAGAUCGCUCAAAGUGAUGGUGAUAAGGAUCCUCCAGAUGAAGAGCAACCACAGCAGCGCGGAUGAUUUCUUCGAUGAGAUCUGCAGGUUCAAGUGCAUGAACCGAAACAUAGUUCGGAUCGAAUGAAGAGAAGAAGGGUGAUCCUCUAAUCUAAUCUCCUCGCUGAUUCUCGUUUCGCAUUCUCUGGCAGCUUGAGGAUUGUCACUUGAAACUUUUGAGCUCUUUUUAGAUUUUAACUGUUGUUUAUGUGACGCUGAUUUUUCCAUAAAGGUUUAAACUUACGCUCUGUUCGAGGGGCGGACAUUUUGGUAUUCCGCUUGGGUUCGAGCUGGGAAUGGUUCGGUUCGGUUUUACAACCGUACGUUAUCAAUCGGUUAUUAUAUUA